CCCAAAGAUCUCCUCUUUCGAAAGAGAGAGAGAGAGAGAGAUUAGAGCCCUAGAGAGAUGGCCCUGAGUUGGCUUCUCCACUCGGCCUGCCACGUUCUACGCUAUCCUGACCACGAAGCCCGCGGCAUGAAUCAUCACCCGAGCCUCUUGUCCGGCGUGAGCCCAACACGCCAGGACGCAGUCAAGAGCCUGAAGAAGACAUCGGAUGCGAAGGAGGCGAUGUGCGGUUCGCCGGGAUUCCAGAUGCCCCUUCAUUAUCCGAGGUACAAGAAGGUCGAUUACGAGAACAUGGAGGAGUGGAGAUUGGACAUGCUUCUCAGAGAAUAUGGACUCAGCUUUGAUGGCAACCUUGAUGAGAAGAGGGCUUAUGCAAUGGGUGCAUUUUUGUGGCCUGAUCAGUAUUAAGGACUUCUAUAUCUAUCUUUGAUAUAAGCUUCCUCCUUAUAAAAUAUCAUAAAUAACCUGUCCAGGGAUGGCUGUCGGUCUCUAUAAUCGAUCUUGACCUAUUUUAGUUCUACUACUUUCGUUAAUAGUCCUUAAUGUGGAUGUAUAUGCACUUUGUAAUACCCGCUAUAAUAUAGAUAUUGCUUGAUAAAGUUUUGAUGGC